AUGCAGUCCACCGAGGCCUGGAGCCCCAGCCCGGGGUCGGUGUCCUGGAACUACUGGGGCUCGGGUUCCCUGGACGAGGCAGAGCUGUGCCCGGCCUGGGACCUGCCGUACGGCUACACCUACAUCCCAGCGCUCUACCUGGCGGCCUUCGCCGUGGGCCUGCUGGGCAACGCCUUCGUGGUAUGGUUAUUGGUCUGGCGGCGCGGGCCGCGGCGGCUGGUGGACACCUUCGUGCUGCACCUGGCGGCCGCCGACCUGGGCUUCGUGCUCACUUUGCCGUUCUGGGCCGUGGCGGUGGCGCGCGGCGGCCUCUGGCCCUUCGGCGACGGCCUGUGCAAGCUCAGCAGCUUCGCGCUGGCCGCCACUCGCUGCGCAGGCGCGCUGCUGCUGGCCGGCAUGAGUGUGGACCGCUACCUGGCGGUGGUGAAGGGGCUGGAGGCGCGGCCACUGCGCACACCGCGCUGCGUGCUGGCCGCGUGCUGCGGCGUCUGGGCCGCGGCGCUCCUGGCCGGCCUCCCGGCCCUGCUGUACCGCGGGCUGCGGCCGGUGCCCGGGGGCAGCCAGUGCGGCGAGGAACCGUCCGACGUGGUCCAGGGCCUCAGUCUGCUGCUGCUGCUGCUGACCUUCGUGCUGCCGCUGGCCGUCACGGUCGUCUGCUACUGCAGCAUCUCGCGCCGCCUGCGCAGCCCGCCGCACUUGGGCCGGGCGCGGAGAAACUCGCUGCGCAUCAUCUUCGCCAUCGAGAGCAGCUUCGUGGGCUCCUGGCUGCCCUUCAGCGUCCUGCGAGCCAUUUUCCACCUGGCGCGGCUGGGCGCACUGCCGCUGCCUUGCCCGCUACUGCUGGCGCUGCGUUGGGGUCUGUCUAUCGCCACCUGCUUGGCUUUCGUCAACAGCUGCGCCAACCCAGUCAUCUACCUCUUGCUGGACCGCUCGUUCCGCGACCGGGUCCGGCUCGGGGUCUGCGGGCGCGCGAGUCGCCAGGUGCGCAGGAUCAGCUCGGCCUCCUCACUCUCCAGGGACGACAGCUCGCUGUUCCGGGGCCGGGCCCCGACCGCCAACUCUGCCUCGGCAGCUUGGUAGCCUCCCCAGGGCGGCGGAGGUGGAGGAGCAGCGGAUCUCCUCGGCUCCGGAGAGAGGGGCCGCCGGGAGGGCGACUCUGCAUCCCAGAUGCUCCUGUUCUCCAGCAGCAGCAUUCCGUUCCAGCCAGCACUGCCUCACCCUCUGCCUAGAUCACCGGGGACUCCCCAUCUGAACUACAAAGCUGGCUGCUGAGAUGAACUAUCCUCUCAGCCCAGAACGGGUGGGGGAGUGUGUGUGUGUGUGUGUGUGUGUGUGUGUGUGUGUGUGUGUGUGGUGUAACUGGGCUAAUUUUCCCCACGGCAAGAAAGACCAUGGACGGCCACCUGGAGAAGCACCGGUUCGCCUAGUACAAGCAAGGGAAGUGGGCUUCCUUCUCUACACCAUCCAGAUAGCUGGGACCAGAAUAUCCACUCCAGGCUCUCAAAGGCCCCUCUUGUCUCUGACUAUUCAAAGUCCCGCUCAGAGACCUUUGUCCUCGGAAAAAUGCCAAGUCUCGUCUAGCACUGUCGCAAAGACAUUUUGUAGAUCCUGAGGACCAACAGCCCUUUUGCUCGUUUUUGCAGCUGUGGUGCUGUAUACUUAGUCAUCCCCAAUUCAGACUUUUAUUUUCAAAGGCGCACCAAAGGCAUAAGAACCCGUCCCAGUGUGAGGUGCCCAAUUUGUUCCUUCCCACCUACUCUCCCAAAGUACCUACCUUGAUGUGGUGACCCGUCUCUCAUCAGGUGAAGCUCACCAGGAAGCUGUCUGGUCUUCUUUCUUGUUACCGGGGAUCUGAAACUUUUCAGUAGGUGUUCAGAUUCCCCAUCACUCAGCCAGAGACCCCAAUUUCUGUGACUUUAGUCUCCUCAAUAAACACUUUUGCUAGCCCUA